AUGGGAAAUGCCCCAGCGCCUUGCUGCAACUGCGAGGAGGAGGCUACGGGAGAUCUCCCAGUGGUUGAAAUCAGUGCAGACAUCAUUCGGGAUCCCCGUGAUCCAAGUCAGUGGAGCGCCGUUGCGCCGAAUCCUGCGACAUCGCUGUCACCACGCAGCACGCCGCGGGGCAGUACCAAGGGCAGUCCGGGAAGUCCCGCGGCCCUUCCAAAGCCUCACAGCACUACAGCCUCUGGGGAUGCCAGUAUGGACGGCAAGUUGGCUCUGCCAGCUCCCCUCAAGCCCAAGAAGUCAACAUCCUCCCUACUAAGCCGAGGUACAACACAUACCUCCGAACAAUCAGGCGCCAGCAAAAUCAGCAAACUGCAGAGGUUGCAUUCGUUAGGACAUCUACAUAUUGACAAAGAGUUGCUCUGUGGCUUAACCAUUCGCAAGUCCUUACGCUCGGGCGGCCGCGCGUGGAUGACGAUGCCCAAGGACAUGAGCCAUGUGCCUCGGGAAUGGGUAGCUGAGAAUGGUCCACCAACGGAAAAUGGAAAGUUCCUGGCGCCCAAAAUGGGGGAGGAAGCGGACCUGGGGUCCGUGUCAGUCUUGUCACUUUUGAUGCAAACUGGGUGGCCCUAUGCAGUCAUUUACGGCAUCCUUGCAGUGGGCAUCAGCACCGUGCUCUACCUCCACGAUCUGUUCCCUAUGCCCUGGUGCUUCAAGGACAGACAAGGCGCUGUCCUCUUGCCCUUAGGCUGUUGGGUCUCCAUUUCGAGUCUCGUGGGUUUGCUGCUGGGGCUCUUUAUUUCGCCCUAUUUCCCCUGUUUCAACGGAAGACCUGGGAGAUGCUUCAUAGAUAUGGUCUCAAUCGACCAAUCGGAUCCUGAAAAGAUCGAGGAAGGCAUCUACGGCAUUGGAGGAUUUCUUUCUGUUUCGAGUCGCAGAAUGGGGGAAUGGAUGGGUUGGAUUUCCUAG